UCGCAUAUUGUAAUCUUUUUAGUUAGCCAAUAAAAAGUGUCAUUUUGCUUGACUUCUCAUUACAUCCAUAAUGGCUAACACGGUACAACACCCCAGUACUACAAGCUUAGUGAUUAAGAUACUGCAUUGCCAGCUGAAGAAAGGGGGUGAAUGAGAGCCUGAGAGAAACUCAGUGGGCAGGAGGAGUCAUAACUAAGGACUGGAGAUUGGAAUGGAGACUUCAGAAAAGGCAUCAGCUUCAUCGUCUUAGCCUCGAGAUACCCCAAGCAAGAAUCUCCCAGGCACUCAUUUGCAUGUUGCUCAUCGAAAAGGCAAACAGAAGUUAGCAUCAUCUGUCCUCUCCAAAUGUGCAAGCACGAGUGACAAUGGACUGAAAAAGAAAAGAACAAAAAAGAUGACAAAAUGAGUCAAACGAGAAAAGGGCUCCGUGUGCAGCCUGGACGGCUGGAAGAAGACCAGCAGGAGCCUCGAGAGGAAAGCUCCGAGACUCACGCUGAGACUCCCGGCAGCCAGGCCAGUGAAGCACCCUCCCAGUGUCAGUCCUGCACCAGCACAGCCCUCAAGGUGCUUGGCAGUGUUUUGGUGGUGCUCUCGGUGUCUUCAUCAUGGGUAGGCACCACCCAGGUAGUCAAGCUGACCUUCCAGUCUUUCUCCUGCCCCUUCUUCAUCGCCUGGUUCAGCACCAACUGGAAUAUUCUGUUCUUUCCAGUUUACUAUUCGGGUCACUUUCUCACGGCUGACCAGAAGCAGACACCAAUCCAGAAGUUUAGAGAGUGCAGUCGCAUAUUUGGAGAAGAUGGCCUCACCUUAAAGCUCUUUUUGAAACGGACGGCUCCAUUUUCCAUCCUGUGGACUCUCACCAAUUACCUGUAUCUACUGGCCUUACGAAAGCUCACAGCAACUGAUGUCUCAGCGCUAUACUGCUGCCACAAAGCUUUUGUCUUCCUUCUGUCCUGGAUUGUCCUCAAGGACCGCUUCAUGGGUGUCAGGAUAGUAGCUGCCAUCAUGGCCAUCACUGGCAUUGUGAUGAUGGCUUAUGCUGAUGGCUUCCACGGUGACUCCAUCAUAGGCGUGGCUUUGGCAGUUGGUUCUGCAUCCACAUCAGCACUCUAUAAGGUUCUCUUUAAGAUGUUCUUGGGCAGUGCCAACUUUGGUGAAACUGCUCACUUCUUCUCAACUCUGGGCUUUUUCAAUCUGAUCUUCAUUUCCUGCACCCCAGUCAUCCUCUUCUUCACUAAAGUGGAACACUGGAAUUCCUUCUCAGCUCUUCCAUGGGGUUACUUAUGUGGAGUGGCAGGAUUAUGGCUUGCCUUUAACAUCCUUGUGAAUGUGGGAGUUGUGAUCACCUACCCAAUCCUUAUCUCCAUUGGCACUAUUCUCAGUGUCCCAGGUAAUGCAGCUGUAGAUGUCCUCAAGCAUGAGGUGAUAUUUAGUGUGGUUCGCCUGACUGCCACAUCCAUCAUUUGCCUUGGCUUCCUGUUGCUGCUUCUGCCGGAGGAGUGGGACACAGUGACACUACGUUUCCUGGCUGGGUUUGCUGAGAAGAAAGUAGAGGAGCAUGGAGAGGAGCUGACAGAAUCCAGUGUGCACACACGCAGUCGCAGCCGUGCCAAUGGGACUGUGUCAAUCCCUCUGGCCUGAUCCAGGACUGCUCACUGACCCCCUUUGGUACAUUCUGUGGUCCUGAGUCCACAGUUUAGGGGGGACCAACCCAAGGAUCCAUGGUCAUAGAUGACAGAGAGUUUAAUGGGAGGCUGGCAUUGUGUCGCAGAAGCUCUGCUAGGUUUGAGAUAAGAGUGCUUCAGUCAGUGGUAUAGCUGUCCCCUGUCAAACCAAAGAGCCUGCCUGUAACACAAUGCAAGUCAGCGGCCACUCCUUGUAUUAUGUGUUUGUUGGUUUACUUUAUUUUUUUAUAGCAGACUGUAUUUUUUCCUUUGCAAUAGACUUUAUUAUUUAUAAAACUAAAUAAAAGACUAACAGAACACUGUGAUCCACAA